AUGCGCGCGCGGGAGCUCCUGCAGAUGGGCCAUGAGCGAAGCGAGUCGCGCAGCGGAUCGCCAAGGGAUCCGGAAGAGUCCAGAAGUCGUCUCCAGAGAGUGUUACUGCUUGCCAGCAGGAAUGGGGCUUGGCAGGGUGCUUUGCAGAACGUCUUCAAAACGGCCACCUGCAGCUGCCAGGAAGGUGGCGACAGUUGCUGUCCAGGCUCCUGCAGUCACUCGAUGGACGCGAUGGCCAUUGAGGAGUUUCGGGCCAGGGGCCGCAUCAACGAGUUGAGACACCGCGUGCGGCAAAGCAUCUACGAUGCCUGGCACACGGGGCAGCUCCAUGGGGCUUUGAAGGAGGCUCUGGAAGAGUCGCGCACGGCGCAAUCUUUGAUGCCGGGCCAGUCGCCACAUCUCUUAGAAGAAGCUCAAAAGGUCAUCAGGACUCUGCAGGUGGAUAUGGCUGACAUGUCUCGACAGCGGGAAGAGCUUCAUGGGGAGGUGGAUCGGCUGAAGCAACAACUCAGGGAAGUCCUUUUGGAGAAUCGGCAGUGGCUCAGCACAUCAUGA